AUGUUCAUGGCACGCGGACAGCAUCUUGUGCGGCAACAGCAGCUUCUGGUCGAUCUCCGCAGCAGCAUGAAGAUGCUCCGACUACCUCUUGGUCUACGGAGUCGCAUUUUGUCGUUUUUCACUUAUCAUUAUGGCAGUUAUCUUCAAGCUCAGUGAAGAUGGACUUAGAACAGUAUCAUUCUCCUUCCCCACACCAACCAACAACAAAUCCCUAACCAGUGAAGCUGAAGUGUUGUAUCCCGAAAAAGAGGAGCAGGCGUACUCCUGAAAAUCACUAUUGAUUCAGCACGAAGAAAAAAGGUGUCAGAUGUUUCUCUUUGUGAGGAUACCUACGUUCAUUACCAUUCGCUAAGAUUAGCGUGUUCACCGCAACCAGGAUUUUUUAGGCGUUUUGAACAGUAGUGGAGGCCAGAGUCGACAAUUGAGGUGGCAGCUGGCUUUGACCUUGUACAAAGACCUGCUCGAUCCGGACGUGGUCGGUGGAUUCUGCCUGCCCACAGCUAGUUUUGCGGCACUGAAGGCCAUUGUUUUGGCUCUCGUGGAUGAAGUGUGUCUACCGGGAGAUUAUAUUUGCAAGGAGGUAAGUAAGAGAAGUACUUCUUUUUCAUAGACUUAAUAUUAAAUAUUUGCUGUUCCUGGUACUGGUUCAUUCAACAAUGUCAAUGAAAUGGUGCUUACGACGAGUACAUAGAUUUGAAGACUUUCUUGCUUUUGCUUUUGCUGUUCCUGGUUCAUUCAACAUUGUCAAUGAAAUGGUGCUUAUGAGUGCAUGGAUUUGACGACUUUCUUCUUCUUCUUCUUCUUCCUCUAAAACUUCUUCUUCUUCUUGUUCUUCUUCUUUUCUAUUUUUUAAGCAAAGCUGAGGAUUGAACGCGCAGCAAAUUCUACUCCUUUCAGGGCGACGAAGGUACCGGCAUGUACUUCCUUCUCAAAGGCGAAUUGGUUGUCAGCACCCGUGGCGAAACUUUAGCAGUUCUACGGAAGGGGCAGUUCUUUGGAGAUCUGUCACUCCUUUUAAGGCUUGUUCCCUAACCCGGUUCUGCUUAAAAGAUGAACGAGGCCGCUUUUCCUUCCUAGGAGCGACGAGGCUUUUCUUUCAAGGGGAAAACAAAGGGUCCUCCCAGGAAGGACGCCCUUCGAGAUGGAUAAUUUGACUGAGUUCAUUCUUUCACAAUCUAAUUCUUACAGGCCUAAAACGAACAGCUAGCGUUAGGGCUAACACUUUCUGUACUCUAGCGUUCUUGAGUAAGGCAGCGAUGGCGCCGAUCCUACAGAAGUACCCGGACCAAAUGGAGCUCAUGGCGAACGUUUUCCGCAAGACGAUCAUCAAUAUGAAUAAAGGUAUUUGUUACAACACUUCAUCAGUAUUCUGUAUUGAAUACACUUCAUCAAGCUCUUUAAUUGUGGAACAAAAUUUCUUCAUCAAUAUGAACAAAAGGUAUUUAUGAACAAAAUUUCUUCAUCUUUUUUUCCGGUAAACUCACGACAACAAGGCAUUUACUAGAUGACGACUUACAGAAGUAUUUUUAGCAUAAUCAUGACCAUGAAUAAGUCUCUAUGAUCCAUCUCCGAUGAACCAAAUUUUCCCACGACUCUUCCCCCACCACCCAGGUCCAUCAUGGCGCGACUCUUCCAUGCGAGAGCACAUGAAGAACGAACUGGAGGAACGCAAGCAUUUCAUCGAUCCCGGAGAAGUCGGUAGCAAGGAAAAGUGGGUAGAGAGGGAAUUGUGGCACCGAUGUGAGAAUGCGGACUCGUCUGUGUUUAAGGUUCGUCACUGUAUUAAUCGGCGUUUCUAGUUGUACUUACAGGACGACAACGAGUGCAUUUAUUUUCUAGCUCUACUUGUACUUAUUUUCUUCUUCUGCACCACCACCAGUACGACUGACACUGAGAAAAAGAGAGCGAACCUGAGUAGAAGUGGUAUCAUGAUCAACUAGACGUGUGCUCUGGGGCUCGGGGAUUACUUAUGCUAAGGGCCACAUGCUGGCGGGGCUCUUUAUCGUGUGGUGAGAUGACGCUCACCGGGGGGUGGCGUCGGCAUCUUGAUCCCUCUGCAGCCCUGACUAGGGUGUGCAGUGCCGUCCAUGGAGUCGCUGCCAUGCCCCUUCGGCCCUUGUUGGUCUGGCUUCGGCCCUUGUUGGUUCUAGUUUCCGAUGUUUGAAGGUAAAGGCUCUAAUGUGGCCGGAUUUCAUGAUCAACUAGACGGGACGCGAGGAACGGGCACUAGCGCAAGCCGUAGUCAAUCGCAUUCGUACUCUACCACUUCUUCCCAGCGAUCUGGGGACUCCUACAUGUCUGCCGGCAAUGCUUCAGCUUUUGUUAUGGCUUGCCUUAUAAUGCGAAUCCUUAUUUAUCCAUUUUCAGAGGCAGACUACCUGAACAUGAGUUCUCAACCACCCUCCUCUGGAGAGGCUUCGCUUUUCUAGGGGAGUAAAAGGGUUCUCUAGAAUGUAUGUUCUAGGGGACAAUCCGCUUGUUUAAAAUGUGUUGCUGAGUGCUUCCGGCAUUUUUGGUAUAGCCUGAAUUUGAUCACAAGGGAAAACAAGAAGAGAACCCUUAUGAUCGAAUUCAGGCUAUACCAAAAAUACCGGAAGCAUACAGUUGCUCAGGGCGGGCUCUAAUUUUGCACGUACUCUAUUGGAGGAAAAAGAGAGGAAAGAAA